UAUUUUAGGCCGCAGACCCACAACGAUGAAGCCAACUCGAAAGGUCCUCUUCGCAAUAAUCCACAUCCUUGUUUUCUGUCACCUGUCCUUCGGGCAGUCCUCGAGUAACUGGAACUUUAAUUUCAAUUUCGCCGGUUACAAGAAACAAAAUGGUGAAUUCCUUUUAAAGGAAUGUCCGCAAAACGCAAAGGAUAAUUUUGCAAAAACAGUUAAGAUGAUUGAUGCAGCUCUUCAAGAAGAUGCGCUGGAAAUGCCAACCACCAACAAGGAAAAAACUCAUGUCCAGUGUGUCAAAGACCCAAUUAUGGGCAAUGUCGUUAAUUUCACAAUCUACAAAAAUGGUGAUAAUGAUUACACGGGAAAUAAGGACCGCCAACGAAUGGAAAUGAAGGGCAAAGAACAGGGUAAAAAAGGAAAUACUUUCCUCUACGCUUGGUGGUUUAAAAUCGAUCCGAACAUGAAGAACACGGACGAAUUCUAUCACAUCUUUCAAAUCAAAACUGGUGGUACAAAAGCCAUGACCAAAUUCCCUUUGGCUACGUUGACGUUGACGAAGAAGGACGAGUUUCACGUGCAGCCAAAUUAUUUGAAUAAAUAUGGAGAAAAAACUCACAAGUUGAUGGAUCUACAGAAAGUCAAAGGUAAAUGGAUCCAGGCGUUUGUCGAAGCGGCCUUCAAGAAAAAAUCGGAGGGUGGAUACAUCCGCGUGACGCUGAAAGACGAGAAGGGCCAAGACCUGAUAAAAUCUAAAACAAUCGAACAUGAAAUGUGGUGGGACAAUGCCAAUUUCAGACCGAAAUGGGGCCUGUAUCGCAAGAAAUCGUCUGGUUAUCAGCCAUCAGAUUGGCAGCUGUUUCAAAAUGUCCAAAUUUGGAAGAAAAACUAAAAAAGGGAAUGCCAAAUUGCUGCAUAAUUAGCAAUUCUUCUACUUGUUGGCGUAUUAUGUGGAAUUUGACAACAAUUGUACUUAUGCUCACGCAUUUUACAAGUGGUGUAGGGUAUCUAAAUCAAGAAAAAUAUAACAAUAUUGCAUCUAA